ACCUGUCACCUGUCAGCGGGGCCAAAACCGGAAGCCUGCUGCGAUCCCAGCGGCGGAGUUGGAUUAAAUCGAUCCAAAUCGAGUGGAAAGCACGCGAGAUGGUGGCAUAAAAGGCCCCACUGCAACGCCGUCGCAUCACAGUGAGAACGAUGAGUCGCCAGACGCUGGGACUGCUCCUGAUGGCGCUGGCUCUGGCCAGGAUUGCGGCCAGGCCAGCUCCACAGGGUAAUCCACUCGAGAGCCUGGGCAUGAGCGCCAUGAGUCUGGCCGGGAGUUUGGCCGAGGCCGUCCAGAGUGGCGGCGCCCUCACCCGCGACCUCAACUUGGACAAUCCCCUGAUGUCCCUGCACUCGAAGACGGCCUUGGGCUACGGCGACGCCAUGCGUCCACCCUCGGCCGGGGACUCCUCCGAGGAGGAUCGCCGGCGGAGGAGGAGGCGGCGGCGGCGGCGCAGUAUCCCGGCCAGCCUGCACCGCCACAAGAGGGCUCCGUGCUGGAAAAUGGGCAGUGCCGCCACCACAGCGGCCCCCGCCGACGAUGAGGUGGAGGCCAGGCGGAGGCGGGCCCAGAAGCGGGCCGCCAACAACGCCUCCCGAUCCCGCGUGAGUCCCAAGACCAGUGGCAAGACCAAGAAGCUGCAACGUCGACGCCGCCAGGCGCCUUCACCCGCAAUCCCCGAAUCGGGAUCACCAAUGGCCGGAUCGGGCGACCCACUGGGCCUGGGCGACAGGAUCAAGGCCAUGUGGCUGUCGUUCGUCGACAACGUCACGGAUGUGGUGCAGCAGGUGCGCCAGAAGGUCUCCGAGUCAGCCAGCUCUGCGGGCUAAAGAUGCCCCCAAUUAUGCUCCCCAAUUACCACCAAGUGUAUUUUUUUUGUUGUUUGUUAUUAAGUGCAAUAAAAGCAAAUGGAACCUGAAAACUAAAUCGAGUUGAGGUCUACUAAUCUCUUAUCAAAUGAUAAGAAAUGUAUGUGGAUAUGGUGAUUGUGAUUUUGAGUCUAAUUCUUUCUGUAUACAGAGAAACUCAUUACUCAAAAUGGCAAUGUAGAGAAUAAUUACAAUUUAUG